ACAGAAAAAAAAGUAAAAACUGAACUUACAAAUUCUGUUUUAUUCACCCCACUUUCACACAUUCACCAUACCCGAGCUUCCUGUCCCAAUGCAACUACUGUCACGUGACAUUGACUUCCCAUCACUUUAAUAAUAACCUUAGACAGGAAAAGCUGUUCAGUAUACAAGUCAGUCUGUUACACACUUCACACGUUCUUAGACUUUACAUCCUUAUAAUGGAAGCCAUUUAUGAAAAUGCUGAACCUAAAGUUCCUGUCUGCCAGAUUUCUGUAACAAAUCCACCAGCUUCCAUCAAGUCCAACAGGAGAUUCUAUCUCUGUGUUAUUACUUUCAUGGUGAUGCUGAGUGUUCUUCUUCUGGCUGGACUCGUCAUUCUUGGCCUCCUCUGGAAAAAAGGAUGUCCUGAGAAAUGGAUCAGAUUUGGUUCUUCUUGUUACUUCUUCUCUGGAGAGUCUAAGACCUGGGAUGAAGCAAGAGAGUCCUGCAGAGCCAUAGAAGCUGAUCUGGUGGUGAUAAACACCAAAGAGGAAAAUAUGACCCCACCCUUACGUUGAAGCGUUCUCCCUACCAUGACAAAGGUGGA